UCGGGUCCCAUCUCUUCCCCAACCCCACUCGCUCUCCCAACUCUCCGCUCUCUCCUCCUCCACCGAGCUCGACCAUCCAUGGCGUUUCGCUUCUCGAAUCUUCGUGUACUCCGUUCGCUCGAAGUUGUUCGCAGGGGACGCUACAAUUGGAUGCCUCUUGCCUUCUUCUCCUCCGACAUUGUUGGUGACAAGCCCAUUCUCGUUCGCGACUUUGUUCGCUCUGCGUUGUACGAUCCGAAUCUCGGGUACUUCUCCAAGUCGUCAGGACCCGUCGGAGUUCUCGAGCGAAGCAUCCGAUUCAAUCAACUUGAAGGGAGGAGAGCCUAUAUGCAAUAUCUGGAUAAGCUGUACAAGAAGACUGAUAUUUCAUGGUUUACUCCAGUCGAACUAUUUAAGCCAUGGUAUGCUUAUGCUAUAGCGGAAGCAAUAAUGCGUACGGCUAAUCUUUCAAUUCCACUAAAGAUAUAUGAAAUUGGGGGUGGUUCUGGAACGUGUGCAAAGUGUAUAUUGGAUUACAUGAUGUUGAAUGCACCACCGAAGGUCUAUAAUAAUAUGACAUACAUUUCAGUGGAGAUUAGUCCAUCACUUGCCCAAAAACAGUUGGAAACUGUUGGAGAAGUAGAGAGUCAUUUGUCUAGGUUCAGGGUGGAAUGUCGUGAUGCAACUGAUAAAAGCGGAUGGGGAGAUGAAGAUACUCAACCAUGUUGGGUAAUAAUGCUUGAGGUACUUGACAACCUUCCCCAUGACCUUGUCUAUUCCCCAAGUCAGGUAACUCCGUGGAUGGAGGUUUGGCUUGAAAAAGUUGAUAAUAGCUUACGAGUGUCAGAGGUCUACAAGCCAUUACAAGAUCCGCUGAUUGCUCAGUGUGUUAAGAUUAUUGACAUGGAUAAAGAUCAUAGUGGUGGGAGCAGAAAACUAGUCUCUGCAGCAAGAAGUAUUUGGUCAAAAAUAUUUCCAAAGCCUCGAAAAGCUUGGUUACCAACUGGAUGCCUGCAAUUACUGGAGGUUUUACAUCGGGCUAUACCGAAUAUGUCUCUUAUUGCUUCAGACUUCAGCUAUCUUCCUGAUGUUCAUAUAGCUGGUGACAGAGCUCCCCUGGUCUCCACUAAGAGAGAUGGGAAAACUUUUGAUCAUCGCAAUUACCUCGAUGCAAAGGGUGAUUCGGAUAUCUUUUUCCCAACAGAUUUUUGGCUGUUGGAGCGGAUUGACCAUAGCUGCUCUGGUUGGUUGAAUGAGCAGAAACAGCCAGGAAAAUUUAAGCCAGCACGAAAAAGACGAACAAUCAUCCUUGAUACAGCUGCUUUCAUGGAAGAGUUUGGUUUGCCUGUGAAGACAAGGACCAAGGAUGGGUAUAACCCGCUCCUAGAUGACUUCAAGAAUACGAAGUUCUAUCUUAGCGUCCCGACGCACAACAUAAAAUAACCAAACUACAUUGCUGUUGUUCAUCACGAAUUACAGGAGAAGAUUCUGUUCCUGUCGAGAUUUGUAAUUCACCAGAACGAUGCCAUUUCUCGCGGAAGGGACUUCAAUAACGCAGCGUUGCCUUUUGUUUUUGGAUCUUCAGUCCAUUUUGCGCCUUACUAAAAGAUUUUUGUAUUUUCUAUUUCGCCACCCAAGUCUCGGACCAUUCAGAACGUUUAGGAAAGUUUUAAAUUUUUAUUCAUAAGCCCGGCGAUUUUCACUUUUUAUUUCAUGAUUCUUACUGAGAUUAUGUCAAUUACAAAUAUCGCUUUGCACUUCA